UUUUCAACUUUUGUCCGUGUAGUUCAAUUAUUUACCAUUAGACUUUAAUGUACAAAUAUUUGUUCUUUCAAAUCAGAUCGUGGGGGCUAAGGCCUAACAGUCUAGUGAAGUUGUUACUUUGGUCGCUUCGAGCAAGAUAUUGCUUAGACCAAUAAGUCACACACAAUAUUUCAUUCUUUAGUUUUUUGCCUAAUAAAUAAGCUAUCUUGAUUCGUCUUCGACUUUGAUUUAUUGAUAUUUAUUGGAAAACAUGGAUGAGUGUAAGGGGUCAAGUGAACCUUUAAUAGAAGAGAAAGAAGCAACAGUGGAACAUGUAAGCUCUGAGCUUGAAGACAUAUUGUUGGACGCAAGAUUGUCGCAUUUUCAGCGGCUUAGACGGGCAUCUGCCGUUGAAUUCAGUAAUCUGUUUCGACUAGCAGCUCCAGCAAUCAUUGUUUAUUUGCUCAACAAUGUUACGUCCGUGUCUACUCAAAUAUUCUGUGGUCAUCUUGGUAAUCUUGAACUUGCUGCUGCUUCACUUGGCAAUGAAGGUAUUCAACUCUUGGCCUAUGGCGUCAUGUUAGGGAUGGGAAGUGCAGAGGAGACGCUAUGUGGGCAAGCAUAUGGAGCUCACAAGUAUGAAUCAUUGGGAAUAUAUCUUCAAAGAUCGACAAUUCUGCUUAUGUUAUCUGGAAUACCGAUUGUGGUGGCUUACUUAUAUUCAAAGCCAAUUUUAAUCUUACUAGGAGAAUCAGAGAAAGUUGCAUCAGCAGCUGCAUUAUUCGUUUAUGGUUUAAUUCCUCAAAUAUUUGCUUACGCUGCCAAUUUCCCCAUACAAAAGUUCUUGCAAGCGCAAAGCAUCGUGAAUCCUAGUGCGUAUAUAGCAGCAGCCACAUUAGUCCUCCAUCUAUUCUUAACAUGGACUGUGCUAUAUGUAUUCAAGUGGGGAUUAUUCGGAGGAGCGAUGGUUCUAAGUAUUUCAUGGUGGAUAGUAGUCAUUGCGCAAUUUAUGUACAUAUUGUGGAGCGAUAAAUGUAGGAAAACGUGGAAUGGAUUUAGUUCGCAAGCAUUUUCUGGGUUGUGGGAUUUUUUUAAGUUGUCAGCUGCUUCAUCUGUGAUGUUGUGCUUGGAAACUUGGUACUUUCAGAUUUUGGUUUUAGUUGCUGGUUUGCUUCCAAAUCCUGAAGUGGCAUUAGACUCUCUAGCUGUUUGCAAUACAAUUCUUGGAUGGGUGUUCAUGAUAGCUGCUGGGUUCAAUGCGGCAGCAAGUGUGAGGGUGAGCAAUGAGUUGGGAGCAGGGCAUCCGAAUUCAGCCUCAUUUUCAGUUUUGGUGGUGACGUUAAGCUCAUUUGUGAUUGCUGUAGUGGCAGCGAUAAUAGUGAUGAUGUUUCGCGAUGUGAUGAGUUAUGCAUUCACUGGAGGCGAAACUAUUGCUAAAGCAACUUCAGAACUUGCACCACUCUUGGCUGCCUCUAUAAUUCUUAAUGGCAUUCAGCCUGUUUUAUCUGGAGUGGCUGUUGGAUGUGGAUGGCAAGGUUUUGUGGCAUACGUUAACGUGGGAUGUUACUACGUAGUUGGUAUUCCAUUGGGUGCUCUUCUUGGGUUUUACUUCAAACUCGAAGCUAAGGGAUUAUGGCUGGGCAUGUUUGGUGGAACAGCAAUGCAAACUCUUAUCUUAGUAUGGGCCACUUUUACAACCAAUUGGGAAGAAGAGGUGGAGAAAACGAAAAAUCGAUUAGUUAAGUGGCAAGACAGCAGUAAAAUACCAUUAUUAAAUGAAUCAUGAGAAGAUAUCAUUUAUGUUUUAUUUAGGACCAAAAUAUCACUCAACUAUCAUUAUUUUCCUCCAAAUAUACUUGACACUUUAAAAUCA